AUGUCUGGACGUGGCAAAGGAGGAAAAGGUCUUGGAAAAGGAGGCGCUAAGCGACACAGAAAAGUCUUGAGAGACAACAUCCAGGGUAUCACCAAGCCAGCCAUACGCCGUCUUGCUCGCCGUGGUGGUGUCAAACGUAUUUCCGGUCUCAUCUACGAGGAAACUCGUGGAGUUCUUAAGGUUUUCUUGGAGAACGUGAUCCGAGAUGCUGUAACCUACACGGAGCAUGCCAAGAGAAAGACCGUCACAGCUAUGGACGUGGUCUACGCCUUGAAACGCCAAGGACGCACCCUGUACGGAUUUGGAGGCUAA